AUGGCGGCGGUGACGGUGUGGGAGCCGCAGGCCGGGUCAGGCCCCGCCGGGCCACACCGGGAAUGGACGGCGGAGCCCGUCAGCACUGGCACCACCAUCAUGGCCGUGGAGUUCGAUGGAGGCGUCGUCAUAGGGGCCGACUCCCGAACCACCACCGGGUCCUACAUAGCCAACCGGGUGACAGACAAGCUGACCCCCGUCCAUGACCGAAUCUUCUGCUGCCGCUCGGGCUCGGCAGCUGACACACAGGCGGUGGCCGAUGCCGUGGCCUAUCAGCUGGCCUUCCACAGUGUGGAGCUGGAGGAGCCGCCGCGGGUGCGCACGGCCGCCCGCCUCUUCCAGCAGAGCUGCUACCGGUACCGUGAGGAGCUCAGCGCCGGCAUCAUUGUCGCUGGCUGGGACCCGCGGCGGGGGGGACAGGUGUAUGUGGUGCCAAUGGGAGGACUCCUCCUGCGCCAGCCCUUCGCUGUGGGGGGCUCAGGCAGCUCCUACAUCUAUGGAUACCUGGACGCCACGUUCCAGCCUGGGAUGAGCCGCUCCCAGUGCCAGGAAUUCGUUCCCCCAGCACUGGCCCUGGCGAUGGUGCGGGAUGGCUCCAGCGGGGGGGUCAUCAGGCUGGCAGCCAUCACUGAAGAGGGGGUGGAACGGACGGUCCUGGCUGGCUCUGACCUGCCCUGGGGUGAUGGUGGCCCCCCUGUCUAGAGGGAGAGCUCCCCCCAGGACCCCCAAAUUUGGUGGGGGAGACAAUAAACAGCUGCGUUCCCUCUGC